CGGGUCCUGAUCUGCAUGUCGUGUAAGGUCGGGAUUCGGCCAGGCGACGGCGUACAGCUAUACUUCUGGCGGAUCCACCGUCUAAAGGGCGAGGUGAUGCGACAGAUCCUCGAUUACAGCUACACGGCCGAGCCGAUCGCCAACCCGCAGGCCGUCCCGGUACCCGCCGACGGUUCGCCUUACGUGCAGCAGCUGCCAAUCGUCGACGGC